UCAUUAUCCACUCUCCGAGUCUCAGAUUAAAAAAGGCAAGAUCCCAAGGUCGCUUUUCGCUCCCAAUGGCGCUUCUCAACGUCUCCUUCGCCUGUAGCCCUCGCGUCUCAAAUCCACACCCCCGUUAUUCUUGCUCUCUCUCCCUCUGUCCUACGCUCCAGAAACAGGCGCCGAAGAAGCCACGGACAGUUCCUCGGAAUCUGAUUCUGUUGUCGUUGGGCGAAUCGGCGUCCAAGGCAGGCUUGCUGGCUCUCCUCUCUGCUUCUCUCUUCUUUGCCGAUCCCGCACUCGCAUUCAAGGGAGGAGGUCCAUACGGUCAAGAGGUGACGAGGGGACAAGAUCUGACUGGCAAGGACUUCAGCGGCAAGACUUUGAUCAGCCAGGACUUCAAGACGUCUAUACUGAGGCAAGCAAAUUUUAGAGGAUCAAAGUUACUUGGUGCGAGCUUCUUCGAUGCCGAUUUAACAGGGGCUGAUCUUUCGGACGCUGAUCUCAGAGGUGUAGAUUUUUCCUUGGCAAAUGUGACUAAGGCCAACCUGAGCAAUGCUAACUUGGAAGGUGCUCUGGCUACGGGAAAUACAUCUUUCAAGGGAUCAAAAAUAACAGGGGCUGAUUUCACGGAUGUUCCAUUGAGAGAAGAUCAACGAGAAUACCUAUGCAAAGUUGCAGACGGGGUGAAUCCAACAACCGGAAACGCAACGCGUGAUACACUGCUAUGCAAUUAAUUAAUAAUAUUUCAUUGCCCCCGGUAAACCAUCACGUUUAAACAGGGGGAUCGGAUUUCCUGCUUCUGUAAGAGGCUGGCUAACAGCUGCAGUUUUCGUGGGGUUGAAUUUGAGGCUGAUUUAUUGUAACGAUUGUAUCAUAUUACUAACAGUAGCACUAUCUAACGAUUGAAUUUAAUAUCAUAUGGUUGAGGGUA